AUGGGCAGAGGUGGGCUGACGUUGUUGCUGCUUGCGGUAUCUCUGUGUGCUGUUCUAUGUGAAUCGAGCCCACAGGGUGAGAACACGCAGGUGGAGCCAAUCACAAUCAGCCCGUCUCCGAUAGCGAAUAAACCCGUCCAGGAGUGGUCGGUACCAGACGUCGAGUACUGGAUGAACCACACGGUGGGCUACGCGGAGUUCGGCAAGUAUGUGCGCAAAUAUCUGGUUGACGGCCCCACGCUGCUGGAGAUGGAGCCGGCUGACUUUGAGGAGCAUUUUCCCGUCGACAAUGCGAUUCAGGUGGUGAAGUUGACAGCACACAUGAAGCUUCUAAAGGGGUUUUGUCUUUGCGGGGCGGCCGAGAGGGCCAUUAUGGAUUUCUGGUCCUACUUCGCGAAGGAGAAUUUUCGUGUCUGGGUCGUGGGGGGGACCGCCGUUUUCUUUCCACGUCUGGCGAUGCUGUACACAUUUUUCUUUGACGACGAGCUGUACAAGCUGCUCGUCGGUGUGCCGGUGCCGCAGGCGAGCGCACUGAGCACCGCCGCGCUGGAUGUGGUGCUUGCAACGACGCGAACGGUUCCUGUUUCGCAUACCCUGCUGUAUCUUUUUUGCCUCGCCGCCGCACCGGACCUCUUCAUGGCGUAUGAGGCGGCCUGCCUGGCCUUCACGAAUUAUUUCGUCAUGCCGUUUUUUUUUGUGCACUAUAUCCUCCAGGCAUUUAACAGCUACUUUUUUUUGUUUCUGCUGUGGAAAGGAAACGCUUUCCCGCCGAAUACGUCAGUUCUUGAGGCGAUCUGGAUGAUGCACUCCUACACGCUUUUUGUUCCUCCCGCCGCUCUUCUGCUUUACCCCAUCAUACCGUACUUUGUCCAGUCGCUUCUUGUCUACGUGCUUAUGGGUCACACCGUGGUGGUUGUUGUUGCCUACACCUCGCUCUUCUUUGAGAGCCCAAAGACACCGGGGGAAAGGGCAUGA